GCAUCCUAGCGCCACCUGGUGGUCAACUUAUGUACUAACCAGAUAACCCACCGAAUUCAAAAUAAGUAGGCUUCGAGUGCCAUCAACUUUCCAGUUUAACGCUUCUGCACAAGCAAAAGAAAAGAAAAACAUCAAGAUAACUGCGAGAAAGUUUACGCUCAACAUGAAAUUAUUAUAAAUCUACGACUGAUUGACCUAAAUAAAUUCAUUUCAAGCCACAUCAGUGCAUUUGCAUGUAUCUUUUGUUUUCAUAAAUACGUAAUUCUAUACUAAAGGAAUGAAGUAGUGCAACUAGUGGGCGGGCAACUAGUGAACGAUCAAGGUAAACAGAAAUAAUAACACUCAUUUACAACUAUGUUUAACUCCCGUUCGGCGAUAUCAGAAUGUUAUAAACUCAACAGGUUCGUGUGUUAUUCACUUCAUUAUUGAUAUUGACUUCAGUUUAGAGAGAUAGUGACGACCUGCUGGACGUGCGAUAAGAUAAAACAGACAGCAUCCUGAAUAAAUUCCAUUUGUGUUCCAUUAUCACUUGGAGUGUGAUUGAUUUCAUUAGUGUGAACGGGUUUUUAAUCUUGAUUUAAUGCUUACUUGACAAUGAUAUGGAUUUACUAUUAAAGUGAAAACAAUUUGCAAAUAUUUUAUUAUUUAAUUGAAGUCAUUGGCUGUAAAACACAACAGUAAAAUAUAUUUUUUAAAAUGGGAAAUUCCUGGAUUGAAGAUUAUGGAGACAGAUAUUUCAUGGAUUAUGAUAUGGAAGCAUUAAAACGUGAUCAGUGUUAUUUAAGUAUUGAAAAUAAAGAUUACGAAAAACUAUAUUUGUAUUCAAAAUACGAUGAUUGUGUCAAGUGUCCAUUCACUUUUAAUGAAAUUAUAUUUAAAAAUCUACCAAAAACUUUAAUUUUGGAUACAAAAUUUCCAAAACAUUAUCGAUUUCUAACGAAAAAUGUAAAAUUCUCACCGGAAAACUUAUAUUCUGAUGUUGUUGGACCAAUAACGUUUGGUUAUGAUUAUGCAGAGUUUGGAUUUUAUAAAGCAUCGUUUAACAACAAUACAUACGAUUUUACAACUUUGAAACAACCGGUUGACAUUUAUUUGCCUAUGCUGACCGUUUUUCUUAUCUACUUAUGUCUGUUUUCUUUAAUUCCAAUCGGAAGGUUCUUGUGGAAACAUUUGAAAUUUGAGCGUUUGGAUUUGCCGUUUAUACCUAAAGAUAAAAACAAGAGUAAUGCGAAACGAGUUCAAUCGCUUGACACAUUUAGAGGGUUGAGUAUUGUAUUGAUGAUUUUUGUUAAUUAUGGUCACGGCGGUUAUGCGUUUCUGGAGCACGCGGUUUGGAACGGAAUCUAUGUUGGUGACUUAGUUUUUCCAUCAUUUCUAUGGAUAAUGGGAGUUUGUAUACCAAUUUCGGUCAAGUCACACUUUAACAAAGAACAUGCGCGUCGUUCGGACGCCAUUAAAAAUGUCACUAAGAGGUCAAUAAAACUAUUUGCGUUAGGAUUAUUCCUAGGCGGUGGACCAUACUUAAACACAAUAAGAAUAUUUGGCGUUUUGCAACGUUUUGCCAUCUCUUAUUUUGUGGUAGCAUCCGUAAACAUUUUAGCACAUCAAAAUAUAAAUGAACUUAAAAACUCUCAACGACAUAUCCUGGAUCUCAUAAAACUUAAACUGCAAUGGAUUAUUAUGUUGAUUAUUGUCCUAGUACAUUGCUUACUAACAUUUUGUUUGAAAGUACCAAAUUGCCCAACUGGUUACUUAGGUCCUGGAGGAUUGCAUGAUGACCAGAAAUAUAGUAAAUGUACUGGUGGUGCAGCAGGUUACAUUGAUGAAGUGAUUCUUGGUAAACAUAUCUAUCAGUACGCAUAUAUUACUCAAAUCUAUAAAUCAAAACCAUUUGAUCCUGAAGGCAUCUUGGGAUGCCUUACAACAAUUUUUCAUGUUUUCCUUGGCGUUCAAGCAGGAACCAUCAUUGUUUUAUACAAAAGUCAUAGUCAAAGACUAACCAGAUGGAUAAUUUGGGGACUAAUCACUGGUGCAAUUGGUGCAGCUUUGUGUGGAUUCUCAAGGGAUGAUGGUGUUAUCCCAAUGAACAAAAAUCUUUGGUCAUUGUCGUUCGUGUUGGUCACAUCAUGUUUCGCAUACAUUUUAUUCUCACUUUGCUACAUAAUUAUUGACGUAUUGAAAAUAUGGACCGGGAAACCAUUUCUCUUCGCUGGAAUGAACGCCAUUCUGAUGUAUGUCGGCCACAAUAUGACUUACGGCAACUAUUUCCCGAUUCAUUGGUAUCUUUCGGCCAAAGAAGCUGAAGCAACGCAUUUUAUAACAUUACUUGAAAACGUCUGGGCUACAUCGUUUUGGGUACUCGUAUCUUACUAUUUAAUGAAAAUUAAAUAUUUCUGGACGCUGUAGUGUAUAAACUUUUUAAUUCUCUAUAAAUAAUAACAAUUCAUAAUGAUUUUAUACACUUUGCAUAACAACAUGGUUCACAAUCAGCUGUCUUAAAUCGCCUAGAUGUAAAUGCAUGAUAAUAAAGCAAGUUUUCGGGAUUCAA